CCUAACCAAGAAGUAUGUGAAGGCCGAUGUCGGGCAGUUUUCUUUUUUCCAGCAUCCCAGCCUUCCUCUUGCGGCCGGAACAUGCUCAGACGCCAGACCCAUGGGUGAGGAGGGAUCUAUGUCGGAGAUCAAACGUUUCGUUGAUCAAACUUCUUGGCCCAGAAGUAGAAGUGUCCACAAUGUUUUGGACAACUUUGGACCAAGGCCGUUUGCUUUGGGCAGGAGGUUUUGUGGGGAGCGCCGUUUGGGAUGCUUUUGCAGAUGCAUCGAUGCAUUCUUUCCAGAGAAAAGCAGGCCGCGCUGAACGGCAGGUGUGUCGAUACUUUGAAGCUGAGCGGCUUGUGAGGAAAGUUCUGCUGGCCACCGCUGCCGCCGCUCUCCCCACCGCCACCUAUCCUGACGUUCAGAUGACUGUGCUGACGGUCAUUACAGGCACGUCGCUUCUACUUUAUGGCAUAUAUCAGCCCUACCAUGAGCCAGAAUGGAAUUGGAGUGAGUUAGCCUUGUUGGUGACAGCACUGAUGCUGAUUUCAAUUGCCUCAACAGUGAUUUCGAACGAGAUCCACUGGGACAAGACCGAGUUUGGCCAGAAGACGAUGAUUGUAGGUCUCGGUGCCACUGUGUCGAUCGUGUGCUGUGGCAUCAUGAUGAAGAUCGGCUUGGAAGUUUGGCGCGAGCGCCGGUCAAAAGCAGCUCCGGAUUGAACCGAGAAUCGCAAAUCCGAAGCCUUCGAAUAAUGACCUCCGGUCGCUCCGC